AUGGGAAAGUCAACCUCGGUAGCUAGCGUAUCCAGAGAGUCUGGAGACGAUAGUCUCUCUCACACAGAAAAUGGGACCGUCAUUGAAUAUUACGAAACCAAGCGUGGGCUUUCCUCGCGCCAUGUGCAGCUAAUGGCUAUUGGAGGAUCCAUUGGAACAGGCCUUUUUGUCGGCAUUGGUUCUUACCUGCGCGAUGCUGGGCCUCUGUCCCUGUUCUUGGGAUAUCUCUUCUAUGGCAUACUUUUCAUCUGGCCCACGAACCUUUGCGUGGGUGAGAUGUGCGCCUACUUGCCAAUCCGGGGAUCAAUCUUCGAGUUGGCAGCGCGGUACAUCGACCCAGCAUUCGGAUUUGCAAUGGGUUGGGUAUACUUCUACGGCGGACUCAUGCUCCUCUGCACCGAAUACUCAGCAGUGGCAACAGUAAUGCAGUACUGGAACACCAGCGUCAACCCAGCCGUGUGGGUUGCUAUGGCCAUGGUCGUAUGCUUCCUCCUGAAUAUCGUCGCCGUCAAAUAUUAUGGCGAGACCGAAUUCAUCAUGGCCUCCACCAAGAUCCUCCUUCUUAUCGGCCUCGUCCUCUUGACCUUCAUCACCAUGCUGGGCGGCAACCCCCACCACGACAUCUACGGCUUCCGCAACUGGACGCACGGCGUCAUGUACGAGUACUACACCACUGGCAGCACCGGCCGCUUUCUGGGCUGGUUCUCCGUCGUCAUCUACGCCGCUUUCUCCGUCGCCGGACCCGACCUCCCGGCCCUGGCAGCCGGCGAGAUCGAGAACCCACGCUUCACGAUCCCCCGCGUCGUCAAAAUGACAUUCUACCGCAUCGUCGGCUUCUACGUUAUCGGCGUGCUCGCCGUGAGCAUAAUCUGCUCCCCAAAUGACCCUCGACUCAUCAGCGCCAUCGAAUCAUCUGCGGCCGGAUCCGCCGCCUCCCCAUGGGUUAUUGGCAUCCAGAACCUCGGCAUCCACGGUCUCCCAGGCUUCAUCAACUUCCUGAUCCUCCUAGCCGGCUGGUCCUGCGGUAACGCCUACCUCUACAGCUCCAGCCGUACCCUCUACUCCCUCGCACGCGAUCACCAAGCCCCUGCCUUUCUCCUGAAAUGCACCUCCGCCGGAGUCCCCAUCAACUGCGUCCUCGUCGUCUCCCUCCUGUCCUGUAUCACAUUCCUCGUCGCCGAUACCUCCGCCGUCACAGUCUUCUACUGGUUCGUCGAUCUCACUACCACCGCCUUCAUCCUCACCUACACCGGCAUGGGCAUCGAUCGGAAGACGUUCCUUCCCUGGGCAUCGCCGUGUCAGCCGUACGCGGCUAUUGUGGCAUUGAUCAUCGGGUGCUCGGUGACGCUGUUCAAUGGGUUCACGGUAUUCGUCCCGUUCAGUGUGGAGGGGUUCGUGACUUCGUACUUUGGCGUGGCGUUUUGGGCGGUCAUGUUUGUGUUUUGGAAGGUCUAUCAGGGUACCAAGUUGGUGGAUCCGUCAGAGGCUGAUAUCUUCUCUGGCAAGGCUGAGGUGGAUGCUGAGUGUCGGGUUUGGGAGGAUGGGGGGUUCUUGGAGAGAAGGAGGGCGGAGUUGGCUAGUAUGCAUUGGGCGAGGAGGUGGUGGGAGAAGAUGUGGUAG